GAGGUAUUUCCACGACUUUUUCCUCAGUUGAGCGUUUUCUUCCGUCCCAGAUGCUCUUCAAUUCGGUGCUCCGCCAGCCCCAGUUUGGCGUCCCGAGAAAUGGAUGGUCUUCACAGUACCCGCUACAGUCCCUGCUCACUGGCUAUCAGUGCAACUAUAAUGAUGAGCAUACUUCUUAUGGAGAAACAGGAACCCCAGUUCCUCCUUUUGGAUGCACCUUCUCUUCCACUCCCAAUAUGGAGCAUAUACUAGCAGUUGCCAAUGAAGAAGGCUUUGUUAGGUUAUAUAACACAGAAUCACAAACCAGUAGAAAGAAGUGCAUCAAAGAGUGGAUGGCUCACUGGAAUGCUGUCUUUGACCUGGCCUGGGUCCCUGGUGAAUUUAAGCUUGUUACAGCAGCAGGUGAUCAGACAGCCAAAUUUUGGGAUGUAAAUGCUGGCGAGCUGAUUGGAACUUGCAAAGGUCAUCAGUGUAGCCUCAAGUCAGUUGCCUUUUCUAAGUUUGAGAAAGCUGUCUUCUGUACAGGCGGUAGAGAUGGCAACAUUAUGGUCUGGGAUACCAGGUGCAACAAAAAAGAUGGAUUUUACAGGCAAGUGAACCAAAUCAGUGGAGCUCAUAAUACCUUAGACAAGCAAACCCCUUCAAAACCUAAGAAGAAACAGAAUUCCAAAGGGCUUGCUCCUUCUGUGGAUUUCCAGCAGAGUGUUACUGUGGUCCUCUUUCAAGAUGAGAACACAUUAGUCUCAGCAGGAGCCGUGGAUGGCAUAAUCAAAAUAUGGGAUUUACGUAAGAAUUAUACUGCUUAUCGACAGGAACCCAUAGCAUCCAAGUCUUUCCUGUACCCAGGUAGCAGCACUCGAAAACUAGGAUACUCAAGUCUGAUUUUGGAUUCUACUGGCUCCACUUUAUUUGCUAACUGCACAGAUGACAACAUCUACAUGUUCAAUAUGACUGGAUUAAAGACUUCUCCAGUGGCUGUCUUCAAUGGACAUCAGAACUCUACCUUUUAUGUUAAAUCCAGUAUUAGUCCAGAUGACCAGUUUUUAGUCAGUGGCUCAAGUGAUGAAGCUGCCUACAUCUGGAAGGUCUCCAUGCCCUGGCAUCCUCCUACUGUGCUCCUGGGUCAUUCUCAAGAGGUCACAUCUGUAUGCUGGUGUCCAUCAGACUUCACAAAGAUUGCUACUUGCUCUGAUGACAAUACACUGAAAGUCUGGCGCUUGAAUAGAGAUUUAGAGGAGAAAUCAGGAGGAGAUAAACUCUCCAUAGUGGGAUGGGCCUCUCAGAAGAAGAGAGAGGUGAAAGCCGACCUUGUGACAGUGCCCAGCAGCCAGAACACUCCGGCCAAAGCACCCAGAGUAAAGAGCAGUCCAUGCACCUCCUCCCCGUCAUCAGCAGCCUGUGCUCCGAGCUGCGCCGGGGACCUGCCCCUCCCUUCAAACACUCCCACCUUCUCUCUUAAGACCCCUCCUGCCAAGGCCCGGUCUCCCAUCAGCAGAAGAGGCUCCAUGUCCUCUGUCUCUCCCAAGCCACCCUCAUCUUUCAAGAUGUCCAUUAGAAACUGGAUGACCCGAACGGCUUCCUUAUCACCACCCAUCACUCCGCCUGCUUCCGAAACCAAGAUCGCGUCUCCCAGAAAAGCCCUCAUACCUGUGAGCCUGAAAUCAUCCCAGGCAGUGGCUUGCUCUGAGUCUAGAAAUAGAGUAAAAAGGAGGCUAGACUCCAGUUGUCUGGAGAAUGUGAAACAAAAGUGUGUAAAGAGUUGCAGCUGUGUGACUGAACUUGAUGAUCCCGUUGAAAAGCUUCAUUUGGAUCUGUGCUGCCUUGCUGGUACCCAGGAAGACCUUGGUAAGGACUCGCUAGGUCCUACCAAACCGAGCAAGAUCGAAGGAGCUAGUAUGAGUGUCUCUGAGCCUCCUUCUCCUGCCAGUCCUUAUGCUUCAGAAGGCUGUGGAACGCUACCUCUUCCUUUGGGAUCUUGUGGAGAAGGCUCUGAAGUGGUAGGCAAAGAGAAUAGCUCCCCAGAGAAUAAAAACUGGUUAUUGGCCAUGGCAGCCAAACGGAAGGCGGAGAAUUCAUCUCCACGAAGUCCAUCGUCCCAGACCCCCAAUCCCAGGAGACAGAGUGGAAAGACUUCUCCAGGCCCGGUCACCAUUACUCCCAGCUCCAUGCGGAAAAUCUGUACAUAUUUCCAUAGGAAGUCCCAAGAUGACUUCUGUAGUCCAGAACAGUCAACAGAAUUAUAGAUUCUCAUCUGAGUGAGUUAACUGAAGCUUGACUCAUUAAAACAAGAUAAAAAAUUCAAGAGUGACUCUAACUCUGGUUUUAAGAAAGCUACCAUUUUUUCAUUUUUAGUGAAAAUCCUUUCGACUCUGAAGUUUACCUAGUCUGGUUCUACUGCCAUAGUGUAUGUGCAGCUUCCUCAGAGUGAACACUUUGUUUAAAUUUCAUAAAGUAAGUUUGCCACUCUGUAACAUUUUGAAUGAGUAGUCUUUUAAAUUAUGCAUCUUCUGUACAAUAAUGACAUCCCAGUUUGUAGAGGCAAAAAAAAAAAACAAGUCUUGUCUCUUCCUGCUCUGAGACCUUCUGUACACAGCUGAAAGCCUCUGCUGGCCGCAGCAGGAGGCCUGUGAAGGUCCACUGCUGAAGGGGACCCUGGGUCUCUGCUGCCUCUAACACAUUAAUACAGUUUCAUAUAAAAUAUAUAACCUUUUCACUACGUUUUUGUGGAUUUUUAAAGUAUUGUGGUUAAAUACGAUUUUUAGAUAAGUACAUUUAUAUUGAUUCCGUGUUAAAUACAAUCUCUUAAGUUAAAAUUGUCUUUAUUUUAAAAACAGCGAUAAAUGUCAGCUUGUUGGCGAAACUAGAACACUAGCAAUGUUUGUCUUUUCUCCCCCCAGAUAUAUAUCCCGUAUAUGAGCUGAGGUUCUCACAUUUUUACUAAGCAAUCUACUGCAUUUCCAACCCAACUUCACGUUAUGAUUUUUGACAUUUCCUGGAGGAAGAUGUUUAUAAAAUCAGUAGUCAUAUACUGAAGCUGGGGUUUGAAUUUAGUCUUCGGUUUUUUAGGGGCUGCUACUUUUUUUUUAAAAAAAAGCUAUCAAAUUUUAAGAAAAAGUAUUGAUUUCUUAUUGAUAUUUUUUUUAAAGUGUAGAUAGUUCCUAUACUGAAAAUCCAGGACCUAAAAAUUAAAUCUUUGCUUUAACUUGAUCUUUUGGAUUCUCUUCAUAUACUAAAAAGCAGUGAUUGUCUAGUAGAGCCCUGAGCCAAAAAGUCGUGGAAUUUUCUCUAGAUAUUUAACAUAGAGAGUAUGUAGACGACUCUCAGUUAAUAAUGUGCAAAAUAUCUUGACUAUCUCUUACCUUAACAGUUAUGUAUCAGUAAGCUUGAAAUGAACCAUUGUUUUCUAUUUUAGCUCUUUGUAACCUCAUAGAAACAAACUCCGUGUAUUUUCUAUGUACUAUGUCCUUAAAGGGAGUCCCCUUCCACUCAUGAAACUUGAUUCAUUUUAUCCAUUUCUCUAACAACUGUGUAGGCUUUAUUCAUAUUUUGUCAUUUUAAAAUGUAUUCUUAAUUAUAACUAUAAUUCCUUUGAUUCUUAUAAAUUAAGCUAUAACUGCGAAAACUACAUAGGUCAAUUAAGCAUGGGUUCUCUUGGUUUUAUCCAAGGAGAAAGGUAAAUAAAAGGCCACAGAAAUGCUGUUUCUGAAACAAAGUAUGGCAUAGCAUUAACUGGAUAUUUAAGAACUCUAGUUAUAUUUGGUGUUUGGUUUUUGAGUGUUCGACUAUGGGAAGGUGUUAUUUAUGACCAAUACCUGCCAAUAAUGCUGUCUAUCUCUCUUGAUUUGAAAGCCUGUAACCCAUGAAGAAGAGAACUAAAGUAGAUGAUUUUCGUCUUUGUGUCUCUGCUCAUCUCCUGACAGCUCUACUGAGUGAAAUGGGGAUAAAUAUGGCUGUCAGAAACUGCUGAGAGUCUAGUGGGUGUAACAUUCCCACUUGGAAAACUAGUACUUCAAAUAGGUGCUGAAGGUCAAUGAGCUAAGGUAAUGAGCUAAUAAUUAUCCCUACUUGUGUCCCUGUCAGACUUUGAGUUGCUUCUGAAUAAAAAGUGUUUUACCUGA